GAAAAGUGUGAGCAGCAACAGAGACCGAGGAAUUGUUACAGUGGGACCCAUACCAAUGGCAGGCCACCCAAAAGAGAAAAAGAAACAGAAAUUUAGAAACUUCCUAACAAGUCAGGGGGAUGGGACAUUCAAACACACCCACCCUUCUACCUGAAGAGCUCUAAAACAGCACCCGCCACACACCGGAGGGCGGAGGCGGGUAUUUUUACAGCAGCAGUUCCUUAAUGUUUGGACCCUGGGGUCAAGCCCUUAAGUUUCUUGCAGACCAGCACAAUGCACAAAGGAGAGAACAAACACGGGCAUAUCGCUGCGUAUUAUCACUUCAAAGGUUACGUGUGGAGCGCAGUCUGGGAACUACUGCUCUACAGGAAGGGAGCCCACAAGUCUUAGCAGUGGAGGCGGUGAUGGCCAGGGUUUCAGGCUUCCUUACUCUCACGUGGAGCAGGCAGCAAUCUGCAAAAAACCGAAUGCCUUUCGGGGGGAACCUGCCACGCUGCUCUUCUGUGAAACUCAAACAGCAAGAGACAGCUUCCUGACUUAUUCCAAUUCGUUCCCUUGAUCCCCAACUAAAAACGAUCUUCAAAUGUGUUACUGAAGUGGAAGGCUCUGCACGUUGCGGAUGCCACGCUCCGUACCCAGGCAGCAUCCCAGUAUCACUGCCUUUACUUUGCAGCACGACAGCAGCAGCAGUCAUGCAAUUCUCAGAUCCCAAGCAAAUUUUAAUUAAGAGAAUUUAAAUUAAGCCCCCACGGAUGACUGAGAGAUCUCUAGCUGCACGGUGCACUGCACACACACUUGCGCAGCACUGCGAGAUCCCGUCCCGCAGCGUGGUUACGCGGCUGGGGACAUCCCGCUGCCUGGCUCCUGUUACUGCUACGGCUGCCUCAUUCCCAGCUGCUGAGGCUUUUGAAGAGGGAAAGAACAACCAUCAAAGCAGGACAGGUUUAAGUGCUUCUGGACCCAGAGCCCUGCCCUCUAAACUGCAGCCCGGCAGAGCUUCUGCAGGUGUGCGCCGAGGACACGUUAUAUCCCAGCCACAGCAGCAAUCCUUCAAAGGGGGAAAGGAAAAAAAAAAAAAGUUAAUUACUUCCAUGACCUUAACUCAACCCUGUCUGCUCCAACUGUCACUGUGCAGUUGGCUUCUUGCUAAGUACAAACCAGAACUAGCCCUGUAGAAAAUGAAAUGAAGGCCCAGAAACACAAUGCAGCCGGCUGUAUCCGUAACACCCUCUGAGGAAACAAUUUCCGCCACCGGCAGCACAGAGUCCUCGGAGCAGGGGAUGCUUCGGAGCCGGAGCUUCCGCCAGCUGGGAUCAACUCGGUGGCACGGCACCAGGUCAGGGCUAACCGUACAGGCUGGCAAGCGACAGUCCCAGUAUUUCCAGUUUCCUCAAACUGGGCUAAAAUAAUGACGGCUUCUGGAAUCUUAAUUACGUGCCGGAGGAAGGACAAUCCCUCUCUUCAGCGGUGGUAAUAGGAUUUCGUAACGAAGUACAAAUCGUGUUAGCCAGGAAGUGCUCUCUGCCAGGCAGGUUGCAAGGUGAGGGGCUUUCCAGCUAAGCGCCGGCAAUCCGGAGCGCAAACAGCCUUUCUCCACAGCUGUAAAUUAGUUCCUCAGCUCUGCGAAACAGUUAACUUCUGGCUGCGAGACCAUCCUAUCUCCCUGCCCGCUCAACAAUAGAUCCAGCUAAACAAAUGCCUCCUAAUUGACUUUGAGCAACACUUGAUUGCUUUUACAAAAAAAACAAAAACAAAAACAAAAGAGAGGAAAACAUUGGGCUUUAUGAAAUAAUGACUAAUCCCGGAGCGAGAGAAAGGGGAUGGGUUGGCGCACUGGUGUCAAACAGAGGGCCCCAAGACACACGGCCAAGUCAUUCACCCCUCCCCGGCUGCCCUCAUUUCCACACCUGCUGAUCUAAGCCAAACCCCUGCUAAAAUCUAAACAAUCGGGGCCGCUGGCAAACGAAAAUUGGAGCAUUGUCUUCCCCAUGAGGGCUCUGAAAGGGCCGCACUUAAUGAGGAUGGAUCGUCACGGAGGUGGCUCGCAGGCUAUAAAAGGCAGCCCGCAGUCCGCAGCAGCUCAGUCCGGGGUGCGCCGCUCGCUCCGAGCAUGGAGGCGGCUGGGCGCAGGCAGCCCUCGAGGCGGGGAGGCCGCUGGCUGCCGGGCCUCCUGGUGCGCCUGCUGCUCUGGGGCUCCCCGGGGACCCGGGCGAGCUACCUGAGGAGGUCGUCCAGCUGCACGGCCAUCCCACGGGGCAUGGCGCUGUGCUACGACAUCGGCUACUCCGAGAUGAGGAUCCCCAACCUGCUGGAGCACGAGACCAUGCCCGAAGUGAUCCAGCAGUCUUCCAGCUGGCUGCCCUUGCUGGCUAGGGAGUGCCAUCCCGACGCCAGGAUUUUCCUCUGCUCCCUCUUUGCCCCGAUCUGCUUGGACAGGCUCAUCUACCCCUGCCGCAGCUUGUGCGAGACCGUCAAGAGGAGCUGCGCGCCCGUCAUGGCUUGUUACGGCUACCCCUGGCCCGAAAUCCUCAACUGCGACAAGUUUCCUGCAGACCAUGAGCUGUGCAUCUCGGCAGUCUCCACGGACGAAAGCUCCUCCAGCAGGAGAAUGCCCCGAGCCAGCUGCAAGGACUGCGAGCUUGAGGAGGCCAGCACCGCCAGGGAGAUCCUGGAAAACCUCUGCGCCAACGACUUCGCGGUGAAAAUCCGAAUCCUCAGGAAGAACACGACCACAACAGUCUCGGACUUUGACCUGGACCCCUCCAAGGUGGAGGUCCUGAAGCACGGCCCGCUCCUCCGAACCGAGAUCCCAGGCAGGCUCCAGCAGUGGCUAGACAUAGACGCUACCUGCGCCCACAACAUCAUGAGAGGCACUCACGCAGGGGUCUUCGUUGUCAGCGGAGAGGUGCAGAGCGACAAGGUGGUGGUGAACAAGGCCUACGCCUGGCAGAAGAAGAACAGGAACCUGCACCAGGCAGUGCGGAGGUGGAAACAUCACCGCUGCCCCGAGCAGCCUGGCAGGAAGGUCUGAAAACCUCGACUUCAACAAGGAGAAACCGCUCCCUUUCCUACGGCUAGAAAACUCCUCUUCCUGGCAGUUGGUCUUCCGGAGAUGCACGGUAUUUUUAGGCGAUUCAAAGCAGUCAUAGCCAGCAGAUAGGGCCUCACCACAGAUCCCUGACAGAUCCCUAGAACUGUUUUACUGAGACAGAGCUCACGGACGCAGCCUUAACACACUGCUCUCUCAAGGUUCUGCAAACCCAGGACUUACGAUAACAUUGAUCUUGCCCGAGUGCGGGCUCACUUUCUGUCCAGAAAUGAUACUAAAGUUUCCCUGACCGAUUAGAGAUGCUUUUUAUGUAACGGAGCAAAUACUUUACUUUUGAACAGCCUGAAGUAAAUUAUAGGGGGAGAGGAACCCACCCAGGCAAUGCCUGGCCCCUUAAAAAUUAAUGCGAACCUCAUCUCCUGAGCAGUCUUUCAGGCUGUCCCUUCAGCUUGCUGCUUGAGCGUUCACGGGCAUCUGCACAGGCAAAAGGAAACAGCCCUCCUUGAGCAGGAAAGGCACACAGCAGAGAGAGAUGAGGAUUUUUGCUCCAGUGGGAACACUUUUUUUACAUUAGAAAUUCAGUUUGGAUCAGGAGAUUCUGGUAACUGCAGAAUUACUGAAGUUACCACCAGAGCCUUGAGAGAGCAGAGCAGGGCUGGGACCUCAGCUGCUGGAACAGCUCCGCUUUGGUUUGCAGCAGCGGUUUGCCUGGGGCUCGGAGGGGAGCCCCAGCCCAGCAGCAGGUAUUUCUGCACAACCUGAAACUCCCUGCUUUGCAGAUCUUCUCCCUGCCACCUCAGAAAUGUUACGCAUCUUCCUGGCCUUCUCUCUGCAUGCAGAAAAGACAGAAAACGGCCUCACGAAGCUCUCUGCAGAUCACUCUCUCUCCCAAGACUGUAAUUACUUUCAGCAGUGAACACAGCCAUAGCUCGACACGACAGACCACAAAGCAGAACACAGCAACCCCUCAAACAAGAAAACAAGUUGGAUUUCUGCUGUCUAACAAAGCGUUGUCCGCGGAAAGUUUUCUACACUGGAUUAAACUUGGGACUGAAAUAAGGAGACGACAGAGAAAAACAGCUUUGGGGAUAAAUAUGUCCUUCCCUGUGCAGAAGUCGGCAGCCUCAGUUGUGGAGAGAACCACCAGCUUUGGUGGAGACACAUUGCCUCCCUGUGCUCGUAAAGCACACCAACAGCCCGAGCAGAGAUUGCCUCUUCAGAUUCGGUGUGGGCUGAGAUUAGCACUCACGAUGCUCCCACUGAAAUUCAGCUGCGCCCUGACAUUCGUGCAGCGAUUACUUCUAUUCCCCGAGGCUCAGAUGGAAAACGCAGUGAGAUUUCUUAUUUUUAUUCCUCCCUGCUGCCUUGCCUUGCAGACUGCCGCCCAGUCCGCAGAACCGGCUGCCAGGUGGUCCCUGCAGGGGCAGGAUCCUCCGAACAGACUGCAUUUUGAAAAUACAACAGAACAAGUAAAAGCUCC